GCCGCGGCGCGCCGCCCGCCCCAGCGCCCCCUCCCCAGCGCCGCCGCCGCCGCCGCCGCGCCCGCACCGCGAUAAAAGGGGCGGCCGCACUUCCUGACGCGAGACCCGCGCUCGCCGCCGCCGCCCGCCCGCCCAGGCGGCGAUGACACGGCGCCCGCGGCGGCCCCGAGGCGCCGGGCGGGCCGUUUGCUGACCGGAUCGCGGCUGCCCGCCAGCGUGUCCGCGCGCCGCCGCCAGCAUGGGCUGCGCCCCGAGCAUCCACAUUUCCGAGGGCCGGGCGGUGUACCACGGCGGCAAGGAGGCCGAGGACGCGCCGGGAGCCGCCGCGCCGCCGCCGCCGCCCGCCGGCCCGAAGACCACCGCCUCGCCCGCGGCCCGCGGCGCCGGCCUCGCGGAGCCCGAGCCUCGCGACGGCAGCGGCAGGAAGGUAGCAGUAGCUGACGUGCAGUUCGGCCCAAUGAGAUUUCAUCCAGAUCAGCUCCAGGUACUUUUAGUGUUUACCAAAGAAGAUAACCAGUGUAAUGGAUUCUGCAGGGCAUGUGAAAAAGCAGGAUUUAAGUGCACAGUUACCAAGGAGGCUCAGGCUGUUCUUGCCUGUUUUCUGGACAAGCACCAUGACAUCAUCAUCAUCGACCACAGGAACCCCCGGCAGCUGGAUGCAGAGGCGCUGUGCAGGUCUAUUAGAUCAUCAAAACUCUCUGAAAACACAAUUAUUAUUGGUGUAGUACGCAGGACGGAUAGAGAAGAGUCAUCUGUGAUGCCCCUCAUUGCUGCUGGCUUUACGAGGAGGUAUGUGGAGAACCCCAGCCUCAUGGCCUGCUACAACGAGCUGCUCCAGCUGGAGUUCGGAGAGGUGCGGUCCCAGCUCAAACUCAGGGCUUGUAACUCAGUAUUCACUGCGUUAGAGAAAAGUCAAGAAGCAAUUGAAAUUACAAGUGAAGACCGCGUUAUACAGUAUGCAAAUCCUGCAUUUGAAACAACCAUGGGCUAUCAGUCAGGUGAAUUAAUAGGAAAGGAGUUAGCAGAAGUGCCUAUAAAUGAAAAAAAGGCUGAUUUGCUCGAUACUAUAAAUUCGUGCAUCAGGAUAGGCAAGGAAUGGCAAGGGAUCUACCACGCCAAGAAGAAAAAUGGAGAUAAUGUGCAACAAAAUGUGAAGAUAAUACCUGUCGUUGGACAGGGAGGAAAAAUUAGACACUAUGUGUCCAUUAUCAGAGUGUGCAAUGGCAGCAAUAAGGCUGAGAAAAUAACUGAAUGUGUUCAGUCUGACCCUCAUACAGAUAAUCAGUCAGGCAAACACAAAGACAGAAGGAAGAGCUCACUAGAUGUCAGAACGGUUGCUUCUCGAGCAAGUGAAGGUGGCAGCCAGAGACGACACUCCUCCAUGGCCCGGAUACAUUCCAUGACGAUCGAGGCGCCCAUCACCAAGGUCAUCAACAUAAUCAAUGCUGCCCAGGAGAGCAGCCCCGUGCCUGUGACGGAAGCCUUGGACCGUGUGCUGGAAAUUCUGAGAACCACUGAGUUAUACUCACCGCAGUUUGGUGCUAAGGAUGACGAUCCUCAUGCCAACGACCUCGUUGGGGGCUUAGUGUCUGAUGGUUUGCGAAGACUGUCCGGGAAUGAGUAUGUUCUCUCAACAAAAAGCCUUCAGCAGCUGCCCAGCGGUGUGAUAAGCCCCAUCUCCCUUCACGACGUCCCCCCGCGGAUCGCGCGGGCCAUGGAGAACGAGGAGCGCUGGGACUUCGAUAUUUUUGAACUGGAGGCCGCCACACAUAAGAGGCCUUUGAUUUAUCUUGGUCUCAAAAUGUUUGCUCGCUUCGGAAUCUGUGAAUUCUUGAACUGCUCCGAGACGACGCUGCGAUCGUGGUUGCAGGUUAUUGAAGCCAAUUACCACUCUUCCAACCCGUACCACAACUCGACACACUCGGCCGACGUGCUUCACGCCACUGCCUACUUUCUGUGCAAAGAGAGGAUAAAGCAAACCUUAGAUCCGGUGGACGAGGUCGCGGCCCUCAUCGCAGCCACCAUCCACGACGUGGACCACCCCGGGAGGACCAACUCGUUCCUGUGCAAUGCUGGAAGCGAGCUGGCCAUUUUGUAUAAUGACACUGCUGUGCUGGAGAGCCACCACGCGGCCUUGGCCUUCCAGCUGACCACCCGAGAUGACAAAUGCAAUAUCUUCAAGAACAUGGAGAGGAACGACUACCGGACGCUGCGCCAGGGCAUCAUCGACAUGGUCUUAGCCACAGAAAUGACAAAGCACUUCGAGCACGUCAACAAGUUUGUCAACAGCAUCAACAAGCCCCUGGCAGCGCUCGAAGCAGAUGGGGAGGUGGCUAGAGACGAAGAAGCCGUGAACACCAUGCUCAGGACCCCAGAGAACCGGACUCUCGUUAAGCGGAUGCUGAUCAAGUGCGCGGACGUGUCCAAUCCCUGCCGGCCCCUGGAGCAGUGCAUUGAGUGGGCCGCACGCAUCUCCGAAGAAUACUUUUCUCAGACGGAUGAGGAGAAGCGGCAGGACUUACCCGUGGUGAUGCCGGUUUUUGACAGAAACACCUGCAGCAUCCCCAAGUCCCAGAUCUCCUUCAUCGACUACUUCAUCACGGACAUGUUUGACGCUUGGGACGCCUUUGUAGACCUGCCUGAGUUAAUGCAGCAUCUUGACAACAACUUUAAAUACUGGAAAGGACUGGACGAAAUGAAGCUGCGGAGCCUCCGGCCGCCCCCCGAAUAGCGCGCAGCACCGCCCGGGAUCCCGGAGCUUUGGCCCCCGGCUCGUUCGGAAUUCCUGAGGCAGCCGGAGGCCCCGGGCCCUUGCAGCAUCGGGCCGAACAGUGCCAGGUCUGCAGAGCCCGUCAGAGCACCUGGGGCCGCCGGCGACCUUCCGCAGCCACCAUGCGGGGCCGCUGCCACCACGUGCGACCCGGUCCGCCCUGUGGGGCCUGCAGCAGGGGCUCUUCGGACAGUGCCAGGAGAGCCGGCCACGCGGCCUUUCCUCCCCGCGAGCUCAGAGGGACCCUCUCCAAAGGACGGGGAGGGGUCUUCUGCCGGUGACGGAGAAUGUCCCGCUGCAGACCGUGUCUCCACCCGCGCCCAGCGCUUACAAGCCGCGCCCGGAGCUUGAGGCCCCCCCGCGGCGAGAAGGUGCAGUCGCCGCCGGGACACUACUGAAGGGGACCGCGCUCGCACACUGAGCAGCGACUGAAAAACACAGAAGAAAUUUUGAAGUUGAUUAUUAAGUACAAAGAAAUUUUGAAGUUGAUUAAUAUCAGUUAUUAAAGUGUUUUAUUUAUUUUAUUAGAAGUUCAAUAUUUUCUAUGAAUUCUGAAAUACUUCAAAGCCAAAGCCAACGUUAAACGCCAUGACCAAAUUUACAUGAUUCAUAUUCAUUAAAUAUGUAUUACUUGGUGUACAGACUUAUUUUCAUAAUGCAAAUUAAAACUAUAAAAUGACACCUUUUUACUGCACUACAGAAAUAUUUGUGUAUGUUAGACUCUUCUGAUUGAUGCUCAUUGGGAAAAGCGGUCUUGGGGGAGAGCCUGAGUCUGAAGCCCUCGAGGAGGCAGCUCCUCUGUACAGAAAGCAGAGCCCUGGGACUCUCUGGUCAUCUGAUGGGCUUUGCAGGUGACUCCCCAAAGUCAGCGAAAUUAAGACCUGACACUUUUCCCCUAAAAUUUUAUAAUUGAAUUCCCAUAAAUCUGCCUUAUUUUAUAGUACAUUUCUACAAGAUAUUCCCUAUGAAAGAACAAAAAUGGAGUAUUCAGUGAACUGACAUUUUAUACCAAUCUGUUUUCAUCUGAAGUGGGAGUCUUUGAUUCCAGAAAUUUAUAAAAGGUUCUGUAUCUUCACAUUUUGAGUAAGUGUAGUACCGUAAAAAAUGACACAGGAUGACAAUGUCAAAGUGCUUGUCGUUUCAUUUUAAAGUUGUAUUUUUUUCCCAGACAAAAAUGAAAUUAAACUAUUUGUUUUUAAGAAA